ACAAGAUAUUAAUGUGUAUGAAUUUGAUGAAUCAGGUGUUCAACAAGCUCUGCAAAUAUAUUUUAUACAUAAUGAUCACGGUAUUAGAUGAGAAGAUUCAUGACGGCAUUUAAAACAACUUGGCAGUUGAGUAGGGAUUACAUAAGGAGCAUGAGACAAUGAUGAAUUAUUCAUAUCUUCAUCCUACUACUUCGUCAGUUAAUAAUUAUCCUUGUUCUGAUCCAAAUUCUUAUCCACCAUAUAAUUCAUCAUUGUCUGAUGCUCCUCAUGUAAUCCCUACUCACCUGCCAAGUUGUUUUAAAUGCCGCUAUGAAUGAUUUCCUCAAUGAUUUUUAAAUAUAAAGCUUUUAUCAAUUCACUUCAUUCUUUGCUAAAAGUGAUCUGAAUUUCAUGACGGCAUCUUCAGGUCAUUGAAUCAAAUGCUGCAUACAAUUACACAAUUAUUACAGCCACCACCUCAAUUGGACUGUCAAAAAUCAGAUGAAGUGUAUGAAGUUCGUCGUCAGUAUUUAAAAUUAAUUAAAAUACAUAAAAAUCUUAAUAUUCGUGAACAUUUGAAUAUUGAACGUCCUGUUAUUGAGAAAACAGAAAAUUCUGAUUUGUUAUAUAAACGUUUGAAUUUUGAAAUUCGUGGACAUGAUCCACAAGUAUUAGAAAGCUAUGAAAAAUUUAUUCGAUUAGUUACGCAAGAAUUGCAAUUACAAUUAUUAAAUGUUGAAACACCACUUCAUUUUACACAAAAGAUUACUCUACUACGCUCAAAAUUUGCCAAGAAAAAAUAUUGGAGACAAUAUGAAAUAAGAACUUACAAUAAAAAGUUUUAUUAUCAACAUUUAACGGGUUCAACGGCGGAUACAUUUCUGGAAUAUAUACAACGAAACUUACCAGAAGGAAUUAUGAUGAAUGUUGAAAGAGUUCGACUUGAACAAUUUCGAGAAAAUCUGGUACCACCUUCUUCACGAAAUUCCUCCACACCACAACUACAGAAUCAAAGCACGACAAGAGACUAA